CAAAUAUUAAUUAAACUCAAUAUUUUAAUUAAAUUUAAUAUUUUAGAAAUUUAUAUACCUACUGGAUAUCAGAAAAUGUAAACCUUAUAAGCUGUUGAUUAAAUGCAGUCUCAUAUGUUGCUUAUGUCGCUCAUUAAUUCAGAAUUAUAUAAAACAAAAACAUGGAGUUUAAGAAGGAAGCAGCAUUCGAUAUGAACAAAGAGAAAGCAAAAUUAUUCAAGACGAAAAUAAAGCAGCUUGCUGAAUAUAAUGAGAUAGUUUCGGCCGAGACUAUCAAUGUGAUCGGAGAUGUUACGAAAGAUGUUACGAAAGAUAUGACCAAGGAUGAUGCACCGAGCAGCGACGAGUUCGAUGAGGAUCUAGAAGAAGAAUAUCGGAACUUGAAUAACAUACUCGAUUUACCGAACGAUACUUACUCUCUUACUAAAAUUACAACGGAGUUACCAUUGUGCGUCAAGUAUGGUGUUCGUUCCAGCCUCAUUCACUCGAACAUGCCGUAUUUCUCACCAUUAUCUAGAGGUUAUCAGGGUGGCGCCAUAGCAAUUGCAGCUUUUGCCACGACCGCAAUUCACAAAUCUCGCUGUUGGAACGAAGCGGUGAUCGAUCAAAUCGUCGAGGACGGCGACACUUUUUAUUGCGAGUCCUACAAAGACGUGAACACGGAUGAUCGCCGGACAAUGACCAUCCUCGACUUGAAAAGGAUUCUUCUUCUUCAGAAAAAGUUUAAUGUGGAAGUUAAGAUUGAGGAUCCGGCAUACGCUGGAAAGUUUCGUUCGCGCAAUCCGACAGAACUUCAUCUGGCAAAAGCAUUAGAACUAUUUUUCGAGCGACACAAUGCCGGGAUCUUGACAUCACCGGUGCUCAAUAUAGCGAUCUGGAAGAAUUCGAAGUAUUACUAUAUAUUUGAUGGUCAGGCGCGACGAGAAAGCGGCGAUCCAGCAGCCGAUAGAGUCAGCGGAUCAGCCAAAUUGUUUCUCGUGAAAGACUUGAUAGGAUUACUGUUUAUCAUUCUUGAGAAGAGUAACGUGCGAAACGAAUCCUUCGUAAUCUAUCCUAUAUUUAUCAACAAUGUCGAAAUGAUUUUACCAGAAGAUGCUGAGGAGGCCGCGAAGAUACUUGAGAAGCCGCGAAGAAGACCGAGCGGUUAUAAAAUUUGUAAAAAAUAUCGAGCUAUCGUACAGGGAUCUUGUCAUCUAACGCAUCCCGCCUUCCCGGAAGUUCUGCGAGGUAAAGGACAUCUGAUUAUAGCUGUGGCAGCUUUGAUAUAUUCUCGACUGAUCAAUGCUAACAAGUGGACGACCGCUUUAAUCAAUCUGAUUUUUAAUCAGGCCAAUAUUUAUCUAAUCGAUCUGGUCAGAGUUCUGGAAAAGAAACUCGACAACGAAUUCGAGCUUCGCUUGGACGAUUUAAUGAGCGAUAUUAUCCUCGGAGUAUAUUCCGCCAAGGUAAAGAUAGACGCGAAUAUAAUAUCGAGUCAAACGCAGAAGGGUAAGAGUUCUAUUGAUAUUGGUAUAAAAGAGUUCUUUGAGACGCAAAAACUCGGAAUACUCGAGAUCGAGAAAAUCUUUUACGCGAUCUGGAAGGAUGGUGACUCGUAUUACUUCUUCAAUCCAUUUGCUUGUGACGAUGAGGGUUUCAGGAUAGAUACAGACAGUGAUAGAGAACACACAACACAUGAUACUACGAGAGAUGUUGCUUGCGUUACCAUGAAUAGCACCGUAAAUGACGUGGUGGAGAUAGUGAUGGAGAAUAUUGGCAAUGAGGAAAGCGAUCCUUUCCUAAUACACGGAGUCAAGGUGCUUUAUGUCAAGACUGGAGUGACGCCAAGUGGGCCGUUCGAAGAAGUGAUUUAUCGAGAGAGUGGUACAAACCGUAGACCGCGGGCGCCACCGCCCCCGGUACCAAUGGAUACGACAAAAGUUGAUUUGAUCGAUGCGACACCACGCUUGCGACCAGAGUCACGUAAAUUUGCAGAUGUGUCUAUUCAAUAUCCGGAGCUUAUGCAGGAUAUAGAUCAAUACAUGAUGACUGUUGAUGAGCCAGUAACUUUUAUAAUUGCACAAGAAAAAGCUAAAAAAAUAAAGAAAAUAGAAGAAGAGGAAAAAGAAGAGGAGGAGGAGGAAGAGGAAGAAGAAGAAAUGAAAGUAGGCUUUAUCAGAGGAUAUAACCUAAUAAAUGAUCACUGUCUUAUCGUUCACGGUAGCAAGACUUGUAUGGACCUCACGUAUAAUCUGCGAUCACAAGGUAGACAAGGAUUAAUAAUUGCUUUGACUGCGUUGGCAUAUAGGAAGUUAAAGGAUCCCACGCGCUGGCGAUCUAUAGACGUAGAUCAAAUUCUUAACAUAGGCAACAAGGCUUACGAACAAGUUAUAACGUGGAUUCAACAAGGCCGACCGGAAAUAAAAGAAGAGGAAGAAGUGGAAGAAGAAGAAGAAGAAGAAGAAGAAGAAGAAGAAGAAGAAGAAGAAGAAGAAAAAGAAGCUGUUGUUCGAAAAGUAGCACGUGCUCCGAGUCAUUUGGAUAUCUCUCUCUUACCUCCUAGAUUGAAACUAGCUGAGAACAACGUUUUUUUUAAAACGAGAAUGAACGUCGCUAAUGGCGAUGCGAAUCCUUUGGCUAAUCUCGCGGAGGCUCUCGAGCGUUACUUUGAACGAUAUCCCGAAAUGAUAUUGGAAAACAAUAGGUUGAUGUAUGCCAUUUGGAAGGAGGAUGGAAAAUUCUUCCUCUUUAAUCCUUAUGGCAGCGAUCAAGAAGGAUGGCGUUUUUGGCAAUAUCGAGCUGGUUUCAAUGUAACGGAUCGUUUCAAUGAGUUGAUCAAACUGCUUUAUGGCAUCUUAGAAUACAACAAUUCGCAUUUCUCACUUCAUUUCGUAGCUCUGGACGCUAUAGAACCAGGAAAGUACAAGUCGUCUGUGGAAAUCGUAAUACCGGAUGAGAAAACAGAAAAAUUCCAAACAAAGUUUCUUCCAAUUACUGAUGACGAUUUACUAAAACUUGAAGAGAAGAAACUGGAUGUUGAUGUAGAAGUGAUAAAGGAACUUGUUGAUAAAAAGGAUGUAGAAGAGGAAGAGGAAGAGGAAGAGGAAGAGGAGGAAGAGGAAGAGGAAAAAGAAAUAGUGGAAGAAAAAGAAUUAAAGGAAUUUCUGAAAGAAGAUCCUACGUUAUUAAUCGAGGAAUCCGUGCAGCCUGAUGCACCUUACCGCCUAAACUUGGCUCUCUUGACUUCCACAGUAAAGAUCCAAGAUCCGACUGAAGAAGAGUUGAAGAGCUUACCCGAAGAGGUAAUAAUGGAAAAGAUGAAGUACGAUCAUCCACCGCCGUACGUGAUGCCGCCAAGGGGAACGCUUCGCGUUUUACUGAAAGCAAAAUUAGCCAACAAGUCGAUCCCAUCUCUUGUAUCGAGAUUCUCGAUCGACUCGAGAUUGGAAAUUAAGAAGGGUGAUGUUCCUGUGGACUCUACAUUAGCCACGAUCGUGCCAUUGCUUCGGGACAUGAAACCUUCAAAGAUGAUCAAGCUAUCUUUCAGGAAGUACUUGUACUCGAGAUUGCCGCCUAUCCAUAUGGUGCCUUUAAGAGCUAUCGACGAGAGUUACAUUCAGGACAAAGAAAUUGAUAAAGCAAUCGACGAGAAAUAUCUUGGGCAAGAAAAACUGGAGAAAAAGGAAGAAGAUAAGAUGCUAGGGAAAUUACCGAGAGUGUCUUAUGUGAGACCAGAACUGAUACCAUGUGGAGCGAUAAUUAAGACUCCCGUUUUAGUGAUAAAGCAUUUAACAUAUCUUGAUGAGCGAAAGAGAGUGUUGAAAACUGAGGAAAUAGCACCUACUAUCAAAAAGACUAUCACCGAUGCGGAAAAACUUCUAUUCAAAUUAAAACUUCUGAAAUUUCAACUUGAUGUACCUCUGCAGCCAUUGGACAAGAAAAAUGAUGUUAAAACGAAAAAGACGAAGAAGACGAUAAUUAAUGCGAAAUAUUUCGAUAAGAAACCAUUGGUCAAGAAAAAUGAUGAUAACAUGAAAGAGAAAAAGAAAAUGAUGAUUAAAGAGAAAUACAUCGAUAAGAAACCAUUAAACAAGAUAAAUAAUAAUAAGGCGAAAAAGAUGAAGAAAAUGAUAAUUAAAGCAGAAUUCUUCGAUAAGAAAAUAGAUCUUUCGUCAUCGGAAAUUAUUGGUUUCAAAGUCAUGGAUGAAGAUACAGAGAUAAUACAAGGCAACCACAGUUUGUCGGAUCGUACAAGAAUUGGACCUUCUCACUUCAAACCUUGCUUUAUUUCGGCUAUUUUAUGCAUUUUGGCUAAAAACAUGCUAAAUGCAGAUCGCUUUUGCGACAGUAUUCUAGAUUAUUUGAUUUUUUCCGCCAAUAGCAUCGAUCAACAAAUCGGCAAACUGCGAUACAAUGGAUAUAGAACAUUUGAUAAAGUAAUCGUUCGGGAUACAAGUUUCAACGUUAUUCUGAAAGAAAUGGUUUAUGCUAAUCCCGAGAGUUCUCCGUCCGACGAGCUUGAUGCGGUAGUCAGUAAAUUUCUAGAAAACAAUCAAACUGGUAUAUUGGUAUUAGCAAAUUGCGCCUACGCAUUUUGGACAGCGGACGAUAAAUACUAUCUCUUUGAUCCUUAUCCUUGCGACGAGAGGGGGAAGGCCAACGAGGAAGGCUACUGCUGUCUCAUGAGAUUUCGCAAUUUAAAGUCCAUGCUCGACAGAAUUAAAGAAAACGCUGGUGAAACUGCGAGGAAACCUUUCUGUGUCUAUAGCGUAUCAAUCACUUACGCAGAAAUGAAAAGACGGAAACGAAGGAAAGGUAUCAAACGUCGCCCGAAAUUAGAAGAGGUGAGGAAAGAGUUGAUUUAUAGCGAAGAAAAACAGAAUGUAUCAACGCCAAUAGUCAAGUCGAAAGUGUCUCUGAUCGAGUUAGCCGAGUGGGUUACUGCAGGUCCAGAACUGGAUCCGCGUUGUGACGUCACGGUGGCCGGUUUUACGCCGAUGCGGCAUUAUGAGGCCUCGAUGCUCGAGGAAGUUGUUUUGGAGAACGAUAUUACGACGCCUACAUUAGCACCGUUCGAGCUAUUUCUAGAUGACGAGGAUCGCGCGAAAAUGGCAAAGGUGAGAAUAAUACCAUCCGAGAGAAUAUUUCAUAACAACUCGUCCAUCCAGAUCCCAAUCCAUCUUUGUAUCAUGGCGUGGUCGUUGAUUCACGAUCCAGCCUCUUGGUCGGAACGCACUAUUGAUGGCUUAAUCGAGGCUGCCACCGAUUACGCCUACGACAGCGUGUUGGCUAAUGAGGAUACUUCCGUGAGUGAUAUGACCGACGCGGUGUUGCCGGAAUUCGAAAUAGCAAAUUACGUCUUUCGGGCGGUAUUUGCACCGCUACACUAUGGGUUCUUAUACGCUACGGAGGGAUGGAAUCUCGCAAUGACCCUGGAGAAAAUAUUCGAAACAGCGAUCUACACUGGCGCGAUCAUCGUUUGCCAUUCCGCUCACAUAGGUGUCACGAAAUGCGGCAAGAAUUACUUUGCCUGGUGGACAGUCACGGGGACAAAAAGCCUAAGAAUAAUCGCGACCAGCAGCUUUGACGAGUUUCUUAAGCUAAUCGUUAAAGUGAUCAACAUGCCGCAGACGAUUAGAUUUACCGUAAGAGCGAUCACCAUAUCCCACGCUCUGAAAAUGGCACCAGAUUUCAGCGAUGUCAAAGGUCUUCAUGAGUCGAAAGUAACGACGGCAUCUCUACCAGAGAUUUAUCGGAAAGAGCUUCAGGAUUCUUACGACGUCAAAGCGAUCUUCAAACCAAUCGACCCCGCACCAAAACCAAUCUUCAUACUUGGAACGGUAGCUCUUUGCAAUCGCGACAGUCUACUGGAGCCACGGAUGAAACGUUGCUAUUUCAUCGCGUUACUGGCUGUUGUGAUAAAGAGAGAUAUUGUUCAGUCCCCACUUCCUGGUAUGAUCGACAGAAUUCUCGAAGUGGCGGAAAAUUUGUACAGAGGAUUCCCUGCCGAGCCAAAAUUUCAUGCGGAGCAUAUCUUGCGAAAUGUUCCGCUGAUGAACAGGUUCUUUGAUCUUCGUGAUUGCGCAUUACCCUUAGUUGUGUUGACGACGAAUUCUCAGACUGGCAGAAAUGAUUUUUACGUACAAGUGAAACAUCAUCUGAAACGUUAUUUUAAGAUGCACACGAGUGGUAUACUGCACUUUACGAAUUGCUGCUACGGCUUUUGGUACUCGAGAGCGACCAACUGCUAUUAUUAUCUGGAUCCCUAUCAAUGUGAUACGGAUGGCAGAAAGACUUAUGCCAACGGCAACGCCUGUCUCUGCAUCUUCUCCUGCGUACGUCAAAUGGUGAAACACAUGUGCCUCAAUCAGUACGAAGGCACGACUGGGUUCUUCCUCCACAGAAUUCACGUGAAUUCCAUCAAUGCACCGCCGUUUGAGAAGUUUCAAGAAGAUCCAAUGUGGCUCUAUUUGGACUAUCAUUGGAACUUUACGCAUUCAAUUAUGAGGUCGCGUAAGAAAGCGAAGUACAGAGAUAGGUCAAAGGUCAAUCGGCAAUUUUGGAACAACUACGCGAUUGAGGUGACCGGUCUAAUUUACUCCAUCUGGGGCACAAUCGGCGCUUAUGAUUGUCGGUUUGGUGAACGAGCCGGGAAAAAUUGCGUCGCCAUAUGCGUAGCUGUCCUGGCUAUGCGGAAUCUUUGUCAUCCUUCGCGAUGGAGUCCGGCCAUCUUGGACUCAGCCGUUAUUUGCGGAGAUUCCUAUUACACGGAAAGCCUGAAGAGUUUAAUGCAGAGCUGCUCGAAGUUUGAUAACAGGUUCGGCUUGCAAACUUCCUUCAAGAUAUUUCCACACUCAUGGACCGUUGAUUUCGGUACCAGUGUGUGCGGGAUUCUGUAUGGCGAACAGAAUAGCUUAACAUUAACCAACGCGUUGAACUUCGCCUUUGAAGAGGCGCGUAACGUUAUCAUCGAGUGCAACAGGAUCGCCUUGGCAGUUUUGGCGACUAAAGACGCUUAUUAUGUUGCCGAUUCUUGCUGGAUCGGUCCACCGUUGUUUCCGAGAAAUCGUGGCGCGAUCUAUGUUCUACGUUGCAAAAAUAUGAAUGUUUUAAUAUACGUGAUCACGAAGAUGUUUAAUACCAAUCAGAGACUUAGCGUAUAUAUCACGCCCUUAAACCUCGCGUUCGACCGAGAAGACUUCGAAACGGAUCUAUGUAUCACGAGAAGAAAGAUCCUGCCGACAUCUGUACAAAAAGUUCCGGGAAAAAUCGAAGACCCCGCCAUACCUAUUCCGGGAGCGGUCGUGGUACCCGAUGAGGAUUCUUACUUACACAUAUAUCGUCAGCGUCUUGCCGAGGGUAUUGCCAGAGAUUCCCAACUAGAAAGUUUACAACUUUGUCAUGCGGAAUGUGUACUGAAUCCCGAAAAUGCGAACAAUGCGCUUGUGAGCACUAAGUGGCGUAUGAAUGUCGGUCAAGCACGUUCCCGGAAAAGACCUAAGUUACCCUUAGAUUCUGUCGAGACAAAGGAUGAUUUAUUAGAAUCUGAUUCUUUGAUGGAUCCGUAUAAGACGCGAAUUUUCAUCACAGAUUUGAUUACCGCGAGCAAUCGUUAUCCAAGACCGAUAGACUUUACCAGUAACGAGCCUCCACCUAGAAUAGAAUUGCUCGAAAAUAUCAGCGAACGUGGCUUCAUCAGGGAGCAAAGUCGUGUAGAUUUCGACAAGAGCGUCGCGGAAAUGUCUCAGGAAAACUAUGCUAGUUAUCAGCAUCAUCUACCCAAAAAUGAAAAAACUCCAAUUAAAACUGAGAUUUUAGAUAUCUAUAGCGAAUCAAGCGAUGUAACAACCGAUACAGAACGAGAAUGAUUAAAAGCGACAUAGAAUUAUACGAUAAAAAGUUCAUUAAGAGCAUAAAUGGAAGUUAAAUGUUUUUCUUCGAAAUUCUGCCGUAAAGACAGCGGAGGAAAAAGUAAGAUUAAUUAUUCUGAUCUCAUACAUAUCGGCAUUAUGCAAAAUUGAUUUAUUUAUAAAUCUACCAAGGACUGUGUUAUUUUAUCUCUUGGAAAACUACGCCUUAAAUUAAAAAUAAUAACUGAGUAAAUAGAGAACAGAUAUUUUUCCAUCAAUUAUAAAAUCAUUAUCUUUUUAUAUACAUGUAAAAAUUACGCAUAAACUAACACCUGAUAUACAGCUAUACUUGCAGGAAUGAUAUAUAAUAUAUGUAUUAUGUGAAACGCAACUUUAUAUGUGUACAUAUGUAAAAUUGAUAAGUAAUUAAAGUAUGAAGAUUAUUAAACAAUUGUUAACGGUAUAAAAAUUUCUGACCAAGUAAUAAAUUCCCACACAA